AUGAGAAAAUAAGAACCAAAGAAAAAUUAAAAUAAAAAUUAUCGGCGAGGAAAUCGGUGAGGCAUACAGCGAUUGUCUUCGAGUCUUUCCCCUUUUUGUGCGAUCGAAGCCUCGCUAGCUGCGCGCAUUUGUGUCUAUAAUAACCAUUUUUCCGCAUCAAUGAGCGAUCAUCUGGUUUUGUAUGUUGACCGUCUUGUGCGGCCCCCUGCCGCUGACCCGGUCUCGCAUCCGGCUGAGGUCCCGUCUGAGCCGGCUCCGCCUGUAGAUGCGGCUGGACCUUCUGGUUCUUCCCCAGCGGUUGAUGAUGAUGCAAGGUCUGAACAUGAUGAGGAUUGUAAUGAGGACAAGCCGCUGAUCCAGAUAGCUGAGUGUCGCAUUUGUCAAGAGGAGGAUAGCGUUAAGAAUUUGGACACUCCUUGUGCAUGUAGCGGCAGCCUAAAGUUUGCUCACAGAAAGUGCGUUCAACAUUGGUGCAAUGAAAAGGGAGAUAUAAUUUGUGAGAUAUGUCAUCAGCCGUAUCAACCGGGUUAUACUGCCCCACCACCUCGUCCCCAGCCUGAUGAAACUACCAUUGACAUAGGUGGGGGCUGGACAAUCUCUGGGACACCUUUGGACUUGCGUGAUCCUCGACUGUUGGCAAUUGCUGAGGCAGAACGCCAAUUCUUGGAAGCUGAAUAUGAUGAGUAUGCUGCUUCUAAUGCUAGUGGAGCAGCUUUUUGUCGCUCUGCUGCUCUAAUUCUGAUGGCUCUAUUACUUUUGCGGCAUGCACUUUCAGUUACAGAUUCUGAUGCUGAUGAUGAUCCAUCUACUUUUUUCUCCCUUUUCUUGCUUAGAGCAGCUGGAUUUCUUUUACCUUGCUACAUCAUGGCUUGGGCAAUCAGUAUUUUGCAACGUCGGCGACAAAGACAAGAAGCGGCAGCACUGGCAGCAACCCAAGUUGCUUUUGUAUUGCAAUCUGGACAGCGGAGGGGUCUGCAAUUUGCGAUCGCACCAGCAGGACCCACACUGGAUUCACAACCGGAGCAUGUGUAGGUUGUUUGUUAUGAAUCCGUGGUUUAUGUAUGUGCCAUUUUUGAAAUGCGAUACUCUUCAUUUCUCAGCUCUGAUGUACCUGUACAUACCUUAGAUUGGAUGGCUCCAAACUUAUCUCUAUCUGAUUGAUUAUUUAUUCCUCUGAUUCCUCCCAGUCAUCAUACUUGCUGAGAAAAAUAGAAUAAAGUUGUCGCCAUUUCAGAUUCA